GUCACAAAUAAAAAGUGAAAGUAAAAGUUCAGAGCCGAUGUUCCUUUAUUUAAACAGCCAGAGUCGGUUCGAUACGGAAUAUCAAAGUGUUUCAUAGGAACCUUUGUAAAAGCUAAGCGAUGAUUUUACGUGUAGCUGCUUCAUAGAAAGGCGGUGAUUCUGUGAAUCUGUGUGUGGAUAAGAAUCAGUGCUGGAGAUCAGAUUCUGUUUCAUCAUGGAUGACACACAAACAUCCACACUUGAAGAUGUUUCUCCACGAUGCAGUUCCUUUCAGCAGAAGAGAUCAGAAGCAGAGCCCAGCUGUGUGUCUAUGAGGAGUGAUUGGUCUAUGGAACAUCCAAUAGAUUUUAAGAGUGAAGAUACAAAGACUGAUCUCAGUUCAGUUCAUCAGAAGAGAUCAGAAGCAGAGCCCAGCUGUGUGUCUUUGAGGAGUGACGCGUCUGUGAAUCAGCCAUUAGAUUAUAAGAGUAAAGAUACAAAGACUGAUCUCAGGCAUGAAGUGUUCAGCAGGUUUAGAUCAAAUCUGCUGAAGAAGUUUGAGCGUCUGUAUGAGGGAACAGCGACGCAGGGAAACCCAACACUCCUGAAUGAGAUCUACACAGAGCUCUACAUCACAGAGAGUGAGAGUGGAGAGAUCAGUAAUGAGCAUGAGGUGAGACAGAUUGAGACACAAUCCAGGACAGCAGCAACAGAGGACACAGCCAUCAAAUGCAGUGACAUCUUUAGACCUUUACCUGGACAAGACAAAGCCAUCAGAACUGUGCUGACAAAGGGAGUAGCUGGCAUUGGAAAAACAGUCUCUGUGCAGAAGUUCAUCCUGGACUGGGCUGAAGGGAAAGAGAAUCAGGACGUCAAGCUCAUAUUUCCACUUCCUUUCAGAGAAAUCAACUUGAUGAAGGACAAAACACUCAGUCUUUCAGAUCUUCUUCAUGUCUUUUUCCCUGAAACUAAAGAAACGGAAAUAUCCAGUGAUGAAUAUAAAGUGUUGUUCAUCUUUGAUGGUCUGGAUGAGUGUCGUCUGUCACUGAACUUUAAGAGCAAAGUGAAACUGUGUAAUAUAUCUGAAUCAGCCUCAGUGGACGUGCUGCUGAUGAACCUCAUUGUGGGGAAUCUGCUUCCCUCUGCUCUCAUCUGGAUCACCUCCAGACCAGCAGCAGCUGAUCUCGUCCCCUCUGAGUUUGUCCAGCGAGUGACAGAGGUACGAGGCUUCAAUGAGCUACAGAAGGGGGAAUACUUCAGGAAGAGAAUCAGUGAUCAGAGUCUGGCUGACAGGAUCAUCUCACACCUGAAGUCAUCAAGGAGCCUCUACAUCAUGUGCCACAUCCCAGUGUUCUGCUGGAUCUCAGCCACUGUUCUGCAGAAGAUGUUGACUCCAGCAGAGAGUGGAGAGAUUCCCAAGACUCUCACUCAAAUGUACACACACUUCCUGAUCCUUCAGAUCAACAUCAAACAUGAGAAGGACUAUGAGAAGAAGGUGACCGAUGAAGACAUGAUCCUCAAACUGGGGAAAGUGGCUUUUCAGCAGCUUGUGAAAGGAAACCUGAUCUUCUAUGAGGGAGACCUGAGAGAGUGUGGCAUUGAUGUGACAGAAGCAUCAGUGUACUCAGGAUUGUGCACUCAGAUCUUCAGAGAGGAGUUGGGCUUGUAUCAGGGGAAAGUCUUCUGCUUUGUUCAUCUGAGCAUUCAGGAACAUAUAGCAGCACUAUAUGUGCACCUCUCCCAUACAAACAACAACAGAAAUGUGUUUGAGCCAAUCACCAAACUAAAUGCCCUGUCUAAAGUGAAGGACCGGUUUCAACUAAAUUCAUCAGAACAUGUUUCAUUAUCUGAGCUGCAUCAGAGAGCUGUAGAUGAGGCUCUACAGAGUAAAAAUGGAUAUCUGGAUAUUUUUCUGCGGUUUCUUCUGGGUCUGUCAGUGGAGUCUCAUCAGAUUCUCCUACAACAAAUAAUGAAACUGAAAAGAAGCAGAUCUGACAGCAAUGAGAAAACAGUUGAGUACAUCAAGAAGAAGAUCAGGACCAUUGACUCUCCAGAGAAAUCCAUCAAUCUGUACCACUGUCUGAAUGAACUGGGUGAUCAUUCACUAGUGGAGCAAAUACAAAAGUGUCUGAAAUCUGGAAAAAUAAAGGAAGCCACAAUCUCUUCAUCUCAGUGGUCAGCUGUAGUUUGUGUGUUGUUGACAUCAGAAGAGGACCUGGAUGAGUUUUGUCUUGAUAAAUUUGUUAAAGCAAAGAAUAAACAUAAAAAUAUGGAAGUUCUUCAGAAGCUGCUGCCUGUGAUUAAAGAAUCCAGAUCAGUUCAGUUGAGUAAUUGUGGCGUUACAGAUGAAGGUUGUGCUGCUCUGGUUUUAGCUCUGAGAUCAAACCCCUCACACCUGAGAGAACUGAAUCUGUCUGGGAAUGAAAUAGGAGAUUCCGGAGUCAUGCUGCUCUCUGCUGGACUGGAGGAUCCUCAUUGUAAACUGGAGAAACUGUGGUUGAGUGAUUGUGGCGUCACAGAUGAAGGUUGUGCUGCUCUGACUUCAGCUCUGAGAUCAAACCCCAAACACCCUAGAAACAUAAAACUAAAUUCAAAUAAACUACUAAAUUCAGGCCCCCUUGUUGCUCUGGCCCUGGGGCUUCAGUCCCACCUAUGUGUGAUUGUUCUCUACAGGUUGAAUUAUUGUGGCGUCACAGAUGAAGGUUGUGCUUCUCUGGCUUCAGCUCUGAGAUCAAACCCCUCACACCUGAGACAACUGGAUCUGAUUGGGAAUAAAGUAGGAGAUUUGGGUAUAAAUCGUCUCGUUGCUGGACUGGAGGAUCCUCACUGUAAACUGGAAAAACUGUGGUUGAGAGAUUGUGGCAUCACAGAUGAAGGUUGUGCUGCUCUGGCUUCAGCUCUCAGAUCAAACCCCUCACACCUGAGACAACUGGAUCUGACUGGGAAUAAACUAGGAAAUUCAGGAGUGAAGUUACUCUUUGAUCUGAAAGAUGAUCCACGUUAUAAACUGGAGACAUUAGACUUCUGACUCUCAGUAUUUAGACAUCAGUCCAGUUUCCUCAGGAUCAUCUGAAGGUGUAUAAGAGCCGCUACAGAGAUGUCACAGUCACACAAUCAGCAGAGACUGAAGACACAGAGACACACAGCAUCACACUGUCAUGAGUGUCGUCUUUUAAUGUCUUGUUUUAUAGGUAAUGGCCCAUGAAAUUGAGUGCAGAAUCAUUUUGGAUUCACUAUAUAUUGUCUACAAUGUACAUCAGAUGUCCAAUCUGGCCCUCGUGAUGAUUUUAACAAUAAUGUAAAAUAAUAAAUAACACAUUAUUUAGAAAA